AUGGGUGCCGCCGAGGUUUUGACGAACGCCGGGGGCGAUGGCCUCCGGAGCUACUACAGGGCCAAGAUUGAGGAGUAUGAGGUGGCCGUCAGGGACAAGACGCAGAACCUGCGUCGUCUGGAGGCACAGCGCAACGAGCUGAACCACAAGGUGAGGAUGCUGAGGGAGGAGAUCCAGCUGCUGCAGGAGCCCGGAUCCUACGUGGGUGAGGUGGUCAAGGUCAUGGGGAAAACCAAGGUGCUCGUCAAGGUGCAUCCCGAGGGCAAGUACGUCGUGGACGUGGCGAAGGACAUCGAGAUCGAGAAGCUCUCCACUGGGCAGCGCGUCGCGCUGAAGAACGACUCGUACACGCUCCACCUGGUGCUGCCCAGCCUGGUCGAUCCGCUGGUGUCGCUCAUGAAGGUUGAGAAGGUGCCAGACUCGACCUUCGAUAUGAUCGGAGGCCUGGACCAGCAGGUCAAGGAGAUCAAGGAGGUCGUAGAGCUGCCCAUCAAGCACCCCGAGUUGUUCGAGUCCUUGGGCAUCGCUCAGCCCAAGGGUGUGAUCCUGUACGGUCCCCCGGGUACCGGAAAGACUCUCCUCGCGAGAGCCGUGGCGCACCACACCGACUGCUGCUUCAUCCGCGUCUCGGGUUCCGAGCUCGUGCAGAAGUACAUCGGCGAGGGCGCGAGGAUGGUGCGCGAGCUGUUCGUCAUGGCGAGGGAGAACGCGCCCGCUAUUCUUUUCAUGGACGAGGUUGACUCCAUCGGCAGCGCGCGCGGCAGCGGUGGCGGGGACUCUGAGGUGCAGCGCACCAUGCUCGAGCUGCUCAACCAGCUGGACGGCUUCGAGGCGAGCAACCAGAUCAAGGUGAUCAUGGCGACAAAUCGCCUGGACAUUCUGGACAGCGCUUUGCUCCGCCCAGGGCGCAUCGACCGCAAGAUCGAGUUCCCCAACCCCACGGAGGAUUCGCGCGUGGAUAUCCUCAAGAUUCACUCGCGAAAGAUGAACCUGGUGCGGGGCAUCGACCUCAAGAAGAUUGCGAGCAAGAUGGGCGGCGCGUCGGGGGCGGAGAGCAAGGCGGUAUGCACCGAGGCGGGCAUGUUCGCGUUGCGCGAGAGGCGCGUCCACGUCACCCAGGAGGACUUCGAGAUGGCGGUGUCAAAGGUGAUGCAGAAGGACAGCGAGAAGAACAUCUCCGUCGCCAAGCUCUUCACCUAGACCACGCGUUGGAUAUGUGUAAUAAACUCAGAGAUUCAAAACG